AUGGAUGAACCACCUCAAAAGAAGUUCAAGUAUGCAUCAUACAAUGAACAAAUAAAGAACAUCUCUAUAGACGUAGGGAAGAAACGUGGACUGGGAUGGGAGAAAGCUGAUUAUGAUGAGGAUACAGAACAAACGAGCACCCCUCUCACCGCUGAGCUCGAUCGUCUAUCCCUACUUGAUCUCACAACUCCCUAUCAAGAUCUUCAGCGAACCCUUAUCCCACUCACCACUACUCUCCCUAUCACGCUUUACAAUCUCGCCUCCAUUCAAGAGACGUUCUCCUCCUUCUAUUCCAGACUUCAGGAAGGACCGGAGUACACACAUUCAGGUUUGGACUCAGCGCUGUAUUUGCAUCAAGCUCUAUUCGAAACAUGUCUCGGUGAAGCAUUAGCUCUGGUACCAGAGACCUCCAAGCAUCUGCUGCGAGUUGGUGCUCUCCGAGCUCUUGAUCCCAAAUUAGUCGAGAGGACGUAUUCCACCCUCUCUCUCAUCUUACGAAGUCUCGCAUCUGCGCUACUUAGACCCGAUGAGGUUGCUCAAGAUUGCUUGAAAACGACGUGGAAUGAAGUUAGGCCCUAUCUUCGCCCAAGAGAGAACAAACGAUAUGUCAGAAAAUGCGUAGCAGAUGCUUGGGUCGGUGUAGUGAGAAAAGCUAGAUCGGAAGGAUUACAGAGAUUGAUGGAUGCUUUACUUGAAGACCAACAAGAGGGAAUGGAAGCUGUUUGGAGUCAUAGUCUUAAAGGAACAAAUGGUCAACUUCAUUCCAGAGCCUUAGCAAUAUAUGGUAUACUUUUGGAUCGGUUGAUCGCCAACCCAACUGAACAGCAGAUAAUCACAGUCAACAUGGUCAGUACCGCAUUGAUACAUCAUUGUUCCUCUAGUGUCAUCAUUCCCGUUCUAGAAGCUGUCAUCUCUCGUCUUGACUGCACUCCCAACAAAGCAAGCUCCUCAAGCUCUACUUCUAAUAUCUCACUCCCUUCUUCAACCACCGUCAUGAAAGUCCUCUCCACCUUUCUCUUUACAAGAAAAGGAAAGCGAUUCCCGGAAUCACUUCUCAAACCUCUCAUGCAACGUCUCCAAGCCUUCGUUCCUCAUCUCUCCUCUGACGCCUCUGUCACUCAGAAUGCUUUGACGGAAGAAGAAAGGGAAAUCAGGAAUUCUUGGAGACAAGCUUUAGUCGGUUGCGUUGUUGGGUGUUUACAGGCAGGACAACUUCAACAUUGGUUGAGCCCUGGUGUAGGGUUGAUAGACAACCUAUGGAAUAAGCUUGACGACCGAGAAUGUUUCGCUUUCUCCAAUGCUCUCAUUGCCCUCAAAUGGCCUGGAGUCGAACAGUUCCUCCUCUCUCAUAUCGCAAAAACAUCACUUCCGUCUUUGUCAUCUGAUCCACUCUCAACUCUCGUCCUGCUCAACAAUCUCGCUUCUGCUGGGUAUCUCUCCGGUGGACUGUCGAACGUUCAGGGAGGGAGAUGGCGACGAGCACUUAUCUCUGCUAUCUUAUCAUUGCUCACCCAGCUACGCGUUAGUGGCGUAAGUGAUCUGAGGGACCGACGAAUCCUUGGGCAAGUUCUUGGAUUAUUGCCUGCUUUGCCUUCGGACGCGGAUCAAUUCGCACCUCAUGUCGCUGGACUGAUCAGCAUGGUACUGGAGGACACCAAAGGGAAAGGCGUGGCAGACGCCAGAGAGAACUGGGCGGAAGAUGGUGCUUGGAACGACGGGCAUAUCCUCGGUUGUCUGCUUCGGGCUGCUCAGCAUAUUCUGGAUAGCCCUAAAGAUGGCGUAGAGCAGGAUUUAAAAUCUCUCUUAGUAGAUGCUGGAAAGCUGAAAGAGAUUCUGGACAAAUGGAGCUGGAAUAGGGAGAUUAUGACAGUCGCUGCUUCACUGGUCGAUCACUGGGUGCUAGAACUGGACCUGCCUGAGGACCACCUCUUAGAGCUCUUUUUUCCUAAUCUUAUAUCGGCAGAUUCGGAACUUCGACACUCCACUGUUCAGAUCCUCGCGUCCAUAUCAUCAUCAUCACCUCCCGUUGGAGCUGAAGAUCACGUUCCUUCCCCCAGCGGUAUCUGGUCGCUAUGUGCCGCUAUCGAAUCAUCCGAGAUGUCUCUCAAAAACGUCAGAGAGCGGACGACCAGCAUCUCUCGUCUGAGUAGAGCUGUAACUUCUUUACCUCCUUCCACCGUAGAGCAAUGGAGCAUUCUGUUUAAAGGCGUUAUCACAUAUCUUGUAUCACAACUCAAAGUCAACUUCCGGCCGAUUUAUUCGGAAACUAUACUGGCUCUUUCGACUGUAGCUCAGAAGCAAGGUGAAGUAGUCUGGGAGAUUGUUUGGGAGCAACUUCAGAAAACGGAUUCCGCCAAAUCAGUCACCAUGCUAGAUUUGAAUGUCACCAAACCAACUUGGGCGCAAUACCGGUCCGAAGAUAGCGAAACAAAGCGAAUCGGAAAGGAAGAAGAUGAAGCGGAAUUCCAUUGUCCCAAUCUGGAGAAGACCCGAAAGUCUCUCAACAGAGUCUGGACUCAAGUAACUCAAGAGGAUAAGCUGGAUCAGCUAGAAGUUUCAUCUCAAGUAUCCCACGAUCGGUUGGAUGUGUUGAAUUACGAAUCUCAACUUCUUGGAACUCUCGCUGCCAUCCCAUCGAUAGCUGAAAAACAUUCUCGAGUACUCAUUCCCCUCUUCUUCGGUGUCGCUCGUCAAGCCGAAGAUAGCGAUGAUGAAGCUCGGUCCACUCAUCUUUCGACUAAGCAACGACAACAACGUACUGCUUCGUAUCUUGAGCUUUUAACGAAAUUCGUUAAUCCAAAAGCUGCGUUCCGCAGUGAGCAGCUUUAUGCUCUAUAUCUCGAUAUAAUCUCCAAGGGAGAACCGAGAUUGCAAGGUCUCGCUCUGAAGUGCUUGAUGACAUACAAAUCACCCAAACUUCUUCCUUACCAGGACUCCCUGAUAACCUUACUUGAAGACUCUAAGUUCAGAGACGAAUUAGCCAGAUUACGACUGUCCGCCAACGAACAGGAUUACGGCGUUCAAUCGCAGGAGAAGUCUGCCUUAGCUAAGACUCGCAUAGUGAUCAUCGAAACGUCUCACCGAGAUGAAGCUUUGCCUGUUAUUAUCCGGUUGCUAUACGGUAUCAUCACGACUCGUCGAGGAAGAUCCAGUUCGGGUCAAGGUCAAACAGCGAAGAAGCAGGCUGUCCUAAAUACUUUAAGUGGAUGCUCGGAAGAUGAGCUGAAAACAUUAAUUGAUCUUAUGCUUGAACCUUUCGGUGAUGAUUUGGAGAAUCUCAAAGUCGUCGGACGACAACAAAUCGGUUUCUUAACUAUGCUUACGGAUGUCAUUCGAUAUCUCGGUCCACAAAUAGUCCCUCAUUGGCCAAGAUUGGUCAGCACAGCCAUAGCUGUAGUCGCCAACGCUCAGAAGAAACUCUCACAAGCGAAAGUCGUAACAGAAGAUGUAGCUGAGGAUGACGUUAUGGAAGACGAUUUGGAAGAUCAAAACGCUGAUACAGACAAGGGUCUUGCUCCUUUACGAAACAUCAGAUCGAUUGGUCUCAAGCGACUUGUACAGUUCUUCCGAUCCUCGGUGAAAUUUGAUUUCACCCCAUACCUCCCAACCAUCUUCAAAUUCAUUAUUUCUCCUCGACUGGACCGACUGGAACUCGAAAACACUCAAGCUCCAUCCGGAACUCUCGAUCUCAUUGCUACCAUUGCGACUGCUCCCGAGUUCGCACGUAGUCUCGUUGAGCAGGAUGCAAGGACUUUACCAAAGGCCUUUGCAUGUAUGAUGGCUGUGAAAGUCAAACCAGCUGUCAUUUUGAGAGUCUUCGAUAUUGUUGAUUCAUUGUUGGUUGAAGAUGCCCCUGGCCUCACUCAAGAUGUCCUCCUUCCAAACAUCCGAGAACUGCUGGACAACGUUAUCGGUCUGGUAGUAUCACUCAAAGCUUCUGCGAAUGACGAUCUGACACGGCGGCUACUGGCGAUCUUAUCCCGUCUCGCCGCAAUUGUCACAGAUGGACAACAAGCCCAAGAGCUUGCUUCGCUUCUUGCUCCAAUGCUCAGACAACGGUCAACCACCGAAAGAGCCAAGACCAACAUCCUCAGCACCCUUCAGCGACUGUAUGCCAUCUCCCCCGAGUUCAAAGACCCCUCAAGCAGAUUCUUCACUCAAAAUUAUGAGCUCAUCUCCAAUCUCUUCCAGAUUCUAUAUUUCCCCUCGUCCAGAAGAGCCCUUUUCGACGUUUUGCAAACCUUCUCACAAGUUGACAAGACCUUAGAGGAGUCGGUCAAGGUCACUGGUGAACUGAACGCUUACUCGGUCAAAAGGUUAGAUGAGCCAGACUUUGAUAAACGUUUGACAGCAUACGCUCAACUUAACGACGGCCCUAAUGAAGAAUUACCCGAAAACACGAAGGCUUGGUUACCUAUCCUGAGAAGUUCUCUUUUCUACUUACAUGAACCAGAAGAAUUAUCGAUCCGAACUAGCGCAUCUUCUGUCUUGCAACGGUUCAUCUCUGUGGUCGGCGACUCGGUCGAUGGUACUCAUGUAGAGACAUUACAACAUGUCAUCAUGCCAGGAAUUCGUAAAACACUUCGAUCAAAGCAGGAACUCGUUAGGAACGAAGCUCUGCAUGUCUUUGCUCACGCCGUCAAGACUUGUUCUGGUAUACCUGAAUUAGCUGAACUUCAACCGCUUCUAGCUGAGGGAGACGACGAAGCUUCCUUCUUCACCAACAUCACUCACAUCCAAGUACAUCGAAGAGCUCGAGCGCUCCACAGACUUCGAAACUUCGCUUCUGAACAUAAGAUACAGGAGUCGACUCUGUCAACUAUCUUCUUACCUGUUCUAGAACAUAUCGUAGCGGGAUCAACGGACGUAACAGAUCAUCAUCUUGUGAACGAAUCUGUUCAGACAAUCGGCUACUUGGCUGGAGAACUUAGAUGGUCAAGAUAUUAUGGUUUGAUUGGAAGAUUCACGAAGCUCGGUGGGGCAAAAUCACAACAACAAAAGAUCUAUAUCAGGGUUGUAUCUUCUAUCAUCGACCACUUCCAUUUCGACCUCAGUGCGCAACCGGCUUCUCAAGCCCAAAUCAUGGACAUCGAUGAGGAAACACCUGCAGACGCUGACCCGGAAGAAGUUGCAGAAGAUCUGGAAGACGACGAAGCGGAGACAGAAGUUAAGCAACCUGUACAAGAAGGAACCAAUCCGGAGCGUAUUACAGAGGUUAUACUCAAUAAACUCCUUCCAUCUCUUUCUCGCUUUGUCGCCACCAAAGAUGAAACCGAAAGUAAUAUUCGAAUCCCUCUAGCUUUAGCGGUUGUCAAGCUGGCCCACGCUCUUCCACGUGCAUCCAGUCAAGAUGAGAUCCUAAGAGUAGUCACUACUGUUUCUCAGAUUCUCCGAAGUAAGGAACAAGAUACUCGAGACAUCGCAAGAGAUACAGUCUGCAAGAUCGCUGUUUAUCUAGGACCAGACUGGCUAGUAAGAGUGAUCAAGGAGUUAGAAACCGCUCUUCAACGUGGACCCCAAAAGCACGUGCUUGCAGUUACCACACAUGCUAUUCUUGUUCUUGCUACCAAUCAAGCUGCCGACCGAUUCUCCGAUUUAGACAACGCAGUAGAACUUGCCGUGUCAGUUUCAGCGGAAGUAAUCUGGGGUGAAAGUGGUAAAGAUGUUGAUGCUGAAGGAUUCAAGACGAAGAUGAGAGAAGUACGAGGAGCAACUUCAAGAGGAUUCGACACGUUCCAAUUACUGUCUCAGCUUGUCUCACCAAGCAAGAUGUCGAUUAUCCUCGCCCCCCUACGAGAAGUUAUGCACUCCUCUCAAGCGGUCAAGCAAAUGCAGCAAAUCGACGAAGCAUUACGACGUAUCUCGCUAGGUCUUAACAGUAAUUCUCGUCUCGGACCGGAGGACAUACUAUCUCUUUGUUAUUCACUGAUCAGUGGUAACUCCUCUUACCUCAAGCCGAAGGCGAAAGCUGCCAAACCAGCGGAAACCCCUGACAGCUUUAGGGUUCAAAUGAAACGGGAUAACAAGGGUAACCAGGAUUUCUAUCCUCAAAACGCUCACAAAUUCGUUGUAUUUGGAUUGGAUCUCUUCGUUACAGCUUUCAGGAGAGGUAAAUUCGACUUUGACGAUGUAUCAAUCUUGUCUCGAUUGGGUCCAAUGGUAAAUGCUAUUGGUAACACCCUUUAUUCACCCGCCACGAAUGUCCUCAAUCUCGCUCUCAAGGCUUCAGCAGCUGUCGUUCGAUGUCCAGUUCCUCAAGUCGAACCUGCUCUUCCUAUAUUCAUCGGUAACAUAUUCAAAGUCAUCAAGCAUGCCGGUGGAACAGCUGAAUCUGAAGUAUCUCAGACUGCUCUCAAAACUCUUGCUGUCAUCUUGAGAGAUUGCAAGACUUCAGAGGUCACUGAAAACCAACUUCGAUUCUUGUUGGAAGUCAUUGGACCAGAUCUUGAAGAGCCGGAUAGACAGAGUGCUAUAUUCACCAUCCUCAGAUCAAUCAUUACACGUAAAUUCGUUGUUCCGGAAAUAUAUGACUUGAUGGAAAGAGUUUCAUCUAUCAUGGUCACUUCACAAUCAACUCAAGUGCAAGAUCUGUGUAGAGGAGCAGUAAUGGCUUUCUUACUUGAUUAUCCUCAAGGUAAAGGAAGACUAAAGGCUCAAAUGACUUUCUUUGCUCGAAAUCUCGAAUACACCUAUGAAGCAGGUAGAGUUUCGGUAAUGGAAGUUCUCAAUGCUGUUUUCAUCAAAUUUUCUGAUGAACUCAUAGAGGAAUAUGCGGACAUGUUCUUCGUUGCUUUGGUAGUCGUUUUAGCAAAUGAUGAUUCUGAGAAAUGUCGUGCUAUGGCCGGGGCCUUACUCAAACUACUUUGGAAGAGAUUAGAAGAUGAUCGAAGAGUCAAGAUGAUCAACGUGCUCAAGAGCUGGGUGGGCAAAAGGGAAGGAAACGUCAUACUCGCUUCUGCUGCUUUGGGCGUCUUUGGUCUGCUCGCCGAAGCUGGAGAAGGAGAAGAAUUGGUUGAACAACUCAUCCAAGAAGUCGUACCUGUCAUUGAGGAGAGUGAAGAACAACUUCUUAAAGCUGAAUCAUCUGACAGAAUCAUUGUUUUGGAUCAUUCUUUACCCCAUCAAGCUUUAUCAGCCACUUCCAAAGCUGUUCUUCAAUCCUCAUCUUCGACAUCGAUCUUACCUUGGAAAUCUAUCAUUUCUCAUUUACUAUUCCCUCAUUCUUGGGUCAGGUAUGACGCUGCUAGAUUACUUGCGAACUAUUUUACUUCGUCCGAUUCAUCUUUCGGAGUUGUAGGGGAAGAGGAAUUACUUGAUGUAGCUAGAAAAGGCUGUUUAGUCCUUAACGGAUCUAAAAACGAUGAUGGAGAAUAUAUAUUCGUAGAUGGGAAAUUAUCUGACGAGAUUGUCAAGGUGUUGUUCAAUGUCGCUAAACAUUGGGCUUCCACCCAAGAUACGAAUGGUGAUCUUCCUACAGCCGAAGAUGUUCAAGCAGACGCAGAAGAUGAUAUCGAUGAAGAGGAAGAAGGAGAAACCAAACGAAAUCCACUUUCUUGGUUGAUGUCCAGAAUGUCUUUCUUAGCUAGACACCUCUUAGUCAAUAGACCGCCACCUAAUAGCUUCCAGGCCAGUGAACAAUGGUCCGCUCCGAUCCUAUCGAUUCUCAGAUUCUUCGCUGGUGUAUAUGAGUCCCUUUCGGCCAAACAAGGUAAAGGCUAUUUAAUGCAUAUCUUGAGUCCUGUAUAUAGGAUAUUGGAUGAAGGUGGUGAUCUAGCUAAAACCGAAGAUACACAAAUUGAGGAACUUCGUCAAUUAGCAAUGCAAAUAAGAGAAUUCGUUCAAACGAAAGCUGGUACUUCUGCAUUCUCAAGCGUAUGGGAGAAAUUGAGAAGAGCGACUAUAACCAAGAGAGAAGGUAGAAGAGAAGAUAGAGUGAAAUUAGCAAUUACCAACCCUGUUAAAUUCGCUGAAAGGAAAAGUAAGAAAGUCAUCAGAGGAAAAGAGGGUAAAAAAAGGAGAAAUCAAACUUUCCAAGAAGGAAAAGCAAAAUCUACCAAUAUGAGAAGAAAGCGUGAUUGA